UCAGGUCGCUGGUUCGAUUUCCUGCCAUCCUGUUCAGAGGAGAAUUGGAUGUUUUUUUUCUGCAGGUCUGAGGAAGUCGGACCUCCAAUCCAUGAACUGAGCGAUUGUCUCAUGUCAGGAUGUUUGUGUCUCUGACCAGCAGGUGGCAGCCUCACCUGCAUCACAUUUCAGUGGGCGGGGGGAGAACCAGUGGGCGGGAACGAAGCCUAAAAUUCUGAGCUGCUGCUUCAUUCUGUUCACCUGCAGCUCCUGGAGGUCCAGCUUCUCUGCAGCGGCUCACAGAACAAAGUAGAUGUGCAAGGAUGAGGGAGAAGGAGGACAGAAACACACUUAUCGCCAUGGAAACGAGUCCUGCUAGCAGCUAUGGCAGCAUUAGCGGUUUACCUAAUGCACCAGUGUGUGACAGGAACGUCUUCAGCGACAAAGUGACCCGAGUUGACUUUGUGUUGGUGUGGGAGGAGCCUCACUGCUCUAAUGAGGACAGCUCAGCGGCUGACCCCACCCACGUGCAGUGGAGGGAGGAGUUUUUGAGAAGGCUGGAGGGUGUUGGACUUCUGCAGGAGAAGACGGAGGUCCCCCAGAUGAAGAAGAGGGUCUGCUUUGUCCUCCUCAGCGCUCCAUGGGACGUCCUCUGCUUCUACGCCGAGGAGAUCAGUCUCAGAGUUCCUCUGCAGGUGGUCAGCACUUCAGACGUGAACUGGUCUCAGAAGAUCCUGUCCAGGCUGUCCCUGCCAAACCCCCUGGUCCAGGAUGUGCCCAACCCCCCGCCGGACUUCUACACCUGCCAAUUCAGGACCAAUAAACUGCAGAGGUUUUUGGGGAGCGAAAACCAAGAAACCUUUUUCAAGACCACCCAGAGACACCAGGUGCUGUAUGAGAUCCUGGCCAGGACCCCGUACGGUUCUGUGCGGAAGGGGGAGGUGGGGAUCGACCGGCUGGUGAACGAAGGGGUCUUCACCGCUGCGUACCCACUGCAUGAGGGUGAUUUCCAACUACCCACCCCCCCAGUGGACCCCCAGUCGUUGGGGCUGAGGCAGAUCCUUUAUGCCUACUGGGCUCGGUGGUCCUGCUGGAGACGAUACCAACCUCUAGACCACAUCAGAGAGUACUUUGGGGAGAAAGUUGCUCUGUACUUUGCGUGGAUCGGCGUCUACACUGGCUGGCUGUUACUUUCUGCUCUGGUUGGGACUGUGAUAUUCUUGAUGGGAUUUUGGAUCAUGGCUGUCGAUGUUCCAGCGAAGGAGGUGUGCGACAGCGGAAACACCUUCAUCAUGUGUCCCAUCUGCAACAUCUGCUCCUACUGGAACUAUUCCAACAUCUGUCACACCUACAAGGCGGGUCUGCUGUUCGACAACGCAGGGACAGUCUUUCUCAGCGUCUUCAUGUCUCUGUGGGCUGUCACCUUCCUGGAGUACUGGAAGAGGACUUCCUCUGCUCUGUCCCACCGCUGGGACUGUUCGGACUUCCAGGACAUCGCGGAGCGUCCUCGUCCAGAGUUUACCGCCAUGGCGCCAAUGACCACAAGGAACCCGAUAACUGGAGCAGAAGAGCCGUACUUUCCUGAGAAGAAGAGGCUCAACAGAACCCUGACAGGCUGCAUGGUCAUCGUCCUCAUGGUGUCUGUGGUGCUGAUGUUCCUCAUCGCCAUCAUUCUCUACCGCACCAUCCUCAGCAUCAUCAUCCACAGGUCCAACAACAGCUUCUUCAGCGUCUCUGCUGGGAGGAUUGCCAGUCUAUCCGGAUCAGUGUUGAACCUCCUUCUGAUUCUCCUGUUGUCCAGAGUUUACACCUCCCUGGCCCACCUCCUUACCCGCUGGGAGAUGCAUCGCACUCAGAGCAAAUAUGAAGACAUGUUCAUCCUCAAGGUCUUUGUCUUCCAGUUUGUUAACUUCUACUCCUCUCCAGUUUACAUUGCUUUCUUCAAAGGCAGGUUUGUUGGUUACCCCGGAAACUAUAAGUCUCUGUUUGGAGUUCGCAACGAAGACUGCGGAGCAGGAGGAUGUCUGAUGGAGCUGGCUCAGGAGAUGCUGGUCAUCAUGGUGGGAAAACAGCUGAUCAACAACGUCCAGGAGUUCAUCUCCCCGAAGGUGAUGUCGUGGUGGCAGAGGAUGAAGAUGAGUCCUCAGGUGAAGAAGAAGGGGGAGGAGCUUUCCCCGUGGGAGGCAGACUACCAGCUGCUGGUCUGUGAGGGCCUCUUCGGGGAAUACCUGGAGAUGGUGCUGCAGUUUGGCUUCGUCACCAUCUUCGUGGCGGCGUGUCCUCUGGCUCCUCUCUGCGCUCUCAUCAAUAACUGGCUGGAGAUUCGCUUGGACGCUCAGAAGUUUGUGACUGAAUAUCGCCGCCCGGUGGUGGAACGAGCUCAGGACAUCGGCAUCUGGUUUCCCAUCCUGCAGUUCAUCACACACACGGCGGUCCUCAGCAACGCCUUCCUCAUCGCCUUCACCUCCUCUUUUGUGCCGCGGUUGUACUUCCGCUACACCAAAGACAGCUCACUCAGUGGCUACACCAACUUCACUCUGGCCACAUCGCCACACAGCUUCAACCAGCAGCACCUGAACACAUCAUGCAGGUAUCGGGGCUUCAGGGACGUGAAAGGGGACUUCUUGCCGGAGUACUUCCACCUGCUGGCCAUUCGCCUGGGCUUCAUCAUCAUUUUCGAGCAUGUGGUCUUCUUCGUCGGUUCCCUGAUUGACAUGAUGGUUCCAGACAUUCCUGAGGAGGUGGAGAUGAAGAUGAAGAGGGAGCACUACAUGGCUAAGGAGGCUCUGGCUGAGAACCAGUCUUUGGGGAAGAUCAAGAUUCCAGGUCAGCAGAUUGAUGUUUUGACAGAUGUGCUGCAAAGCUGUGGAUCCAGGUUCUCCUCUCCCCAGAGUGACUGUCCUCCUCUGGAUCAAAGGGAGGUUCCAAAGAACCAGAACCAAAGCGCAGCUACUGAGAAGAAAGACAUCUAACAUGGUUUCUCCUCCUGAGUGAGACUCGGACUAAACCGAGAGUGGAUCCACUAUAGAAGAACUCGAGGAACGUUGGACCUUUAUAGCUCAGAAACUACUGGACCUCAGGAGAAACCUUUAGAUAAAGUCUGCAAAAUACCAAACUUCCUAAGCCUUCUUCAUGAGACCUGCUGCAGCAUCACAGAUUCUUCCUCUCUUCAGUGGAUCUACAGGACGUCAGCCAUCAAGUUGAACAAAAAUAUUCCUCAAAACGUCCCAAGGUUCACCUGAAGGUCUCUGAACUGUUCUCCUCCAAGACCUGCAGACCUGCUGAAUGCCUGAUCCAGAGAUGGAGGAGUCUGCUUUAUGAACAUGGAGGUCUUCAGUUUUCUGAACGGGACAGAAUUCCAAUGAUCGGUCCAUGACAUCCGCCUCCAAAGGACCGUGAAACCUCGACCUUCAGCCGGGUCAACCCAGUAAUCAGAACCAGAAGUACAAGCCCCAAACCAGCUGCAAGGUUUAAUGACCAAAGAGAAGGUGGACAGGUAUCCCAUCUGGCCCGAUCCAAAUCAAUUCAUUUCCGUUUUAUUUCUAUAGCCCAAUGUUACAACAACAGUCGUCUCAAUGGGCUUCAUACCGGUAUGAGAACAUAAAGUCAUGGAGUUCAAAAGGUAAUGGCCAAACUAAGCUAAACUGGCAUCUCUGCCCUUAGACCCUCCUCUGUGAGGAAUAACUCCUAAAAAAACAGAUUCCAGGAAAAAAACGAGGAAACCUCAGGGGUGCCCACAUGAAGGAGGGAUCCUCCCCCAGGACGGACAGGCGAUUUACCAGAACUUUUAGAGAAGAAUUAACUUAUCUAACCCUACAACUACAGAUAUAAAGUCCAGCAGACGAGCUUCAUCCAGAUGGAACUGGGGGACGGCUGGGGGUGCCAGACGAGCCUGAGGGGGGGUCCACAGCCAACUGUAGGAGCAGAGAGGAGGUCCACGGUCAGGGAGUUGAGGCUAUUUAAUCUGAGAGGCUGGUUGUUCCGUUGAGGGGCGUCUUUCUUCGAUGAUGUUACGUUCAUUGGCUCAAACCCUCCAAAGUGCCCAUUGAGAAAGUCCUCUUCCUCCUCAGGAAGGGUCUGUGGAGCUGCUUAGUGUCUUUGAACAGUGUAAACAAAGUAACUCUACAAUGUGCUUUGAACAAAUAAAGUCUGCAACAGUCAUGUGUGAGUGUAUGUGUGAAAUUGUCAUUUUUCCAUCGCACCUUCAUGUCAAUCAAAUAUAUGAUCUCUUUCUACUUCUACACUGAAAUAUUUUAAACAUAUGAAAGUAUUAAAUAAUGUCUGAAUUAAUAAAGAACCACGGAUGAUU